ACAGAAUGGCGGAGGAACCAGAUAUUUGGCAGUAAAAACCCGUAGGAAAUAACAGUAGUUAGUCUUGACUUUAUUGCUCUUUCUCUUGACUUGAAGUGGUUUGAUUGAACUGUCAAGGAUGAAGCAAUGCAAUGAGGUACUGGUGUUGGAAAGGACACUGUGGUUAUAGUUUAGCCGAACAUCGUAGGUUAUGUGCUGUUAUGCUAGCUAAUAGGCUAAAAUAAACUAGCCCGCUGGACUGGACUUUGAGUUAGUAUUGUCUUUGGAAGAUCAGAUAUCCUAGCGGCACUGUUUUGCAGCAGUGCACGUAUAGUUUGUAAUAAUUGGUGUGUGCACGUUGACAUUUCAAAUUGCUUUAGAAAAUGAGGUCGAUGGUCUUGCGACCUUGCCUGCUCGCAGCCAAGUUAGAGUAACGUAGCUAACGUUAAUGCCAACAUUUCAUUGCCUUGCUGGAUCGAGAAGAGGCAAGUUUCUUUGACCCGUGGCAUUGAGGAUACUGUUACCGAUACAUUUAUGCAGAGUUCAGUAGCUACUAAGAUCUACAUUGAUUAGUUCUAUGUGUUGAAAGUGUUUUGCAUUUAUGUAUGUUAGCCACGGUCACGAGAGAUAAAACGAGAAUUUUGAGAACCAGUUGUUGCGAUCAGUGCGAGUUUACAUUCUGCAGUUUCUGAACUAAAAUUAUUGGAGGGCAUUAGUGAAUGCAUCGGCUAAAAAUCGAAAUCAAGGACGGGGACGUGGGCUAAUUAAUUUACCUAUCGUAGGUCAUGCUAGAACCUUAUGGCUAGAGCACAUUGUGUGAAUGACUUAAGAUGAAGAUGAAUAGUGUAUGGUUAAUAGAAGGCAGUAAGUUCUUAGACUAAAACAGGAUUUGUGUAGCAGUUGUGUCAGACCUUGUUGGUUGUCCAAAUGGACUAAUACAGAAGUGCUAAUGAGUACUAUCCGGAGAGUGUUCUUUUAACAAACAGCUCAUAGAUUAAGCUUGACACAGGCGCAAGGUAUUAGGUCAUUGCAUAUGGCUAAUGAUGGGGAAAUAUGAGAUAAUGUACAGACCAUGUUUAUUUGGAAGUGUUAAAAAUGUAAGCUUUGACCGCUAAAUAAGUUAAGAUGUUGCAUGCAGAAGGUGCAUGUUGUUGUAUAUUCAGGGUAUUUAAAGUGAUCGUUCACUGUAAGGUGUAGUCAUUACUGAACGCGAUUCAGCAUUAUUGACUCAAUGAUGACAGCACCCCAAGAUGUAAUGCACCCAGAUAACCUUGUGCUUGGUGUCCUUCUGAGGGCUGGUCGUCUGUUGCUGUAAACAUCCCCGACUGGAAGCUGUGCCAAAACAUCUGAGCUUUCAGUUGGAUGUUUGCUGCCACAGGCCGCCUUGUACGUCUUUGUCCCAAGAAUGUAAAUGUGCGUGCUUUUUGUGUUUGAGCAUGUUUUCUCGUUUCAUGGAGAAUGUGGAUUGUGCUCGGUGUAUUAGACACAAGCAUGAUUUCACCUUUGUCUUUUUUUUUUAUUAAUGUGUUACUACUCUCACGUCUAAUGUUGUUGUGGUACUGAUCUGUAUGUGUGUGCUUUUCUGUUUGUAUUGCAACCUUCCAAGUGUAGUUACUGUAAACAUCCUACACUCAGCUGUCAUCACACAGGGCUGGGAGGAGGGUGUUUACUUUGACUGGUUGGAGAGUCCCAGCCGAAGGAGUCUGUCAGUCAUUAUGUGACUGAAGUGUCAAAGAGCAUCGCUUAAAGUUGUGUGCAUCUUUUGUGAUUAUUGCCAUCUUCUCGAUGUAAUAGCCUUGCUUGUUAAGGAAAAUAAACAGUUGUAUUUAAAACUCAUUGGCCCCUUAUGUCUUUCAGAAAUCUUAAUGAAAUUCAAAAGUACAGUAUGACAUUGAAAACUAAGCGUGUUCUAUGUGUAAAAAAACAUUGUUGUAUCACAUUAGGUUGGUCUUUUCCCAGCCGUGAUGAAAGGACUCCAAGCAAGGGUGUCCGAGAAAUCACUAUAACAAUUAUGUCAGUUGGUUUAAAAUGUUCUUUUAUAACGCAUAUAUUCUUUCUCGUGCAAUAUUUAAAGUUUUAGAUAAUUGGGUUUAUAUUGAUGAUGACAGUAAACCAUGAAGCUACAAGUCAUUUCCUCCAGGGACAGUUUCACCUUGUGAAUGUGUAGUAAUUAUACCUCCAAACGGAGGAUGGCGCACCCCACAAGCUACUACGACAACAUUCGCAUCCGCCAUAGCGAAGUAGAGUUCAUCCGCCAUGUAUAAGAUCGCAGAUUCGACAGAAAACAUGGGCAAAAUAAUUCAAAUUAAGCCAUAUAUUGUUUUUAAGACUUAAAAACAAAACUGACUCAUCAAUAUUUAACGUUUGGAUUUUUGAAUGUGUUUGGAAAUAAUGAGUAUCUCUAGUCAAGGUGGCACAUCAAUAUUCAUGUGCAAAGUCUGCAACUUGUUUUCGCCAAGUAGGACAGACCUCCUCUUCCAUGUAUCUGAAGUCCAUAACUCUGAGGGAAUUAAUCCAGAUGAUAUCAUUAUACCCCUCAAACCUUUAACCACACAAUCCACAGAAACAUCCACAGAAAUGGAAUGUUUUUUAGAUGGCCCCAUCAAGAGGAAAAGAGGAAGGCCCAAGGGCUCCACCAGAAAGGUCGGUACAAGUGAUGGGAUGUUGGAUUCAGCCAGCAGUGCCAAAAGCAGACCAAUGGGAAAGCAGGAGGCUUCAUUGGCAGAGGUUACAGUGCAAAUAAUGGAAGAUGAACCUGAGCUCAGCACAUCACUGGAAUGCAAGAAGUGCAAUCGCAAGUUCAGCAACAAACGCCAAAUCACUAAGCACAUUUGCUUCGUUACACUGAAAGAGGAAAAUGAAAAUGACGCUGCCAGCUCAGAUGUGGUUGCUGAUUCAGAAGCGUCUGCAGAGGACAGGAUGGAUGACGAAGAGGGCCAGUUCCGAACUCCAAAGCGGGCACGAACUCAGAACUCAGUCCCUGCAAAAGAGUCUGAGUCUGCAGCCGGACCAGUAAACCCCAUCGUCAGUGUGGUCCUGGCAGCUCAUGAGGCCAUUCCUGGUGCUACAAAGAUAGUGCCUAUUGAGGCCUCCCCUGCAGACAUCAUUCCAUCUGCAGAUAUAGACCCCAGUUCCCAAGAUCCAAGCCAAAAGAGAGGCUACCAAGAGUAUGCUAUACAGCAAGCUGCCUAUGAUGUACCACUGAAGUCAAACAGAGUGGGACAAACUCAGCUCAAGAUCUUCACGUGCGAGUACUGCAACAAGGUCUUCAAAUUCAGGCACUCUCUGCAGGCCCACCUUCGAAUCCACACCAAUGAAAAGCCAUUCAAGUGCCCGCAAUGUGACUAUGCAAGCGCCAUCAAGGCCAACCUCAGCGUCCACUUGCGCAAGCACACCGGCGAGAAGUUCAGCUGUGAGCACUGCUCCUUCAGCUGCCUGAGUAAGGGUCACCUGAAGGUCCAUGUCGAAAGGGUGCACCAGAAGAUCAAGCGGCAUUGCCGCUUCUGCAAAAAGAAGUACUCCGACAUAAAAAAUCUCCUGAAACACAUACGUGAGACUCACGAUAUGGCCGACAGGAAAGUGAAAGAAAUCUAUGAUGAGACUCGCCUUCAGACAAGAGAGGGCAAGAGGCAGCUCCUCUACGACUGUACGGUCUGUGAACGCAAAUUCAAGAACGAGCUGGACCGGGACCGCCACAUGAUGAUCCACGGCACCAAGAGGCCCUUCGGUUGUGAACUCUGUGACCACGGCUCCACCAAGCUCCAGGCUCUACAGGCCCACAUUCGCAAGCACCCGUUCAUCUACGUCUGUGCCAUCUGCCUACAGAAGUUCGUCAGCUCGUUGCGCCUCAAGGCACAUCUCCAGGAGGCGCACGCCGACAUGGAGGAGUCCUUGGGAUUCACCGACUCCAUCCACAACAGCUUCUGUCUCCUGAAGCCCGGCGAUGACAUCCAUCGAGAGGUGCUGAAGCAAGACGAGCUGCAGAUUACAGAGGAGCUGUCCCUUCUCAACGCACACGAUGAGGCUCUCAUUUCCCAUUUGGCCAAUGUAGAGGAACAGGGGGAACAGGCUCAGAGCUCUGAGGGGUUAACUACAGCAGAAGAGCUUCUGGUGCAGCAAACACAGGUCGCUCUCGUCUCCCCAGAUGGAAGUGUAAUAAACUCAGAUGGAGCCAUCAUAAACUCUUGUGUCGUCCAGGAAACCAAGGUGGUCACAGCGCAGUCUCAGGCUGAGACCUCUGCUCUCCAAGUGGUCUCUAAUCAGAGGGAGAAUGUGAAGUGGGGUCCAAAUGAGGAAAUGACAUCAUUCAGGCAAAUCAUAGAUCAAAUGCAAAAGAAACAAUUGACCAUGGAAUUAUUUGAGAGAAUCAGGAAGCUGUAUGGUGAUAUGGAGUGUGAAUACUGUGGUAGGCUGUAUUGGUACCAGGUACACUUUAACACGCAUGUGCGAACACACACACGAGAACAUCUACAUUACUGUACCCAGUGCAGUUACUCUUCCAUCACUAAGAAUUGCCUGAAGCGUCAUAUCAUUCAGAAACACAGCACUAUCCUACUGAAGUGCCCAGAGGAGGGAUGUCCAUAUGCCACACCUGACAAGUACAAGCUGCAGGCCCAUCAUAAAACUCAUGCAGACAAGGACAAAAGACUUGUGGCAUGUCCAGUUUGUGAAGAUACAAUUGUAGUGGAUAGAAUGAAGUUUCAUCUCAAAACCCGCCAUCCAGAUGCACCUCUGGACUCAAUAUUUGAGUCUUUGGGUAUUAGUGGGGAGACAAAAGGAAAGAUUGGAAAGAAGGCCUCCAGAUGUCCCUACUGUGACCGUUCCUUCAAGAGGAAUGGAGCCGACCUGCAACAGCACAUAUGGGCCCAUGAAGGUAUAAAACCCUUCAAAUGCUCAAUCUGUGACUAUGCCUCGCGGAGCAAAAGCAACCUCAAGGCGCACAUGAACCGGCACAACUCGGAGAAGACCCACCUUUGUGACCUGUGUGGGAAGAAGUUUAAGUCCAAGUGCAGUUUGAAGAGUCACAAGCUCAUGCACACGGCUGAUGGAAAACAGUUCAGAUGCACAGAAUGUGACUACACGGCAGCACAGAAACCUCAGCUACUACGGCACAUGGAGCAGCAUGCGUCUUUUAAGCCAUUUCAGUGUGCACAUUGCCAUUACUCAUGUAAUAUAUCUGGCUCGUUGAAGAGACACUACCACAAGAAGCAUCCCAAUGAGGAGUACUGUAAUGCAGGCUCUGGAACCACUACUGCAGACUCAGUGAUAGAACAAGGAGGCUCCAAAUGUCCCGUGUGCAACUAUGUGUACGGGACCAAGUGGGAGAUGAACAGGCACCUGAAGAACAAACACGGCCUCAAGGUGGUGGAGAACGAUGGCCUGGGGCUGGGCCAGUGGGAGGUGGUAGAGUCAUUGGAGGAGCAGUCCACUCAGUUCCUUCACAUCACAGAGACUGAUGACUCUCAGGGAACUGAGGAAGCUGUGACAACCCUGCAGGACUUACAUUUUGCCACACAAAAUGGUGACGAACUGGACCCUGCAGCUGUGAACAUUCUGCAGCAGAUCAUUGGACUUGGGUCUGAGAACACCGAUGGCACCGUGGCUUCCGUUGUCGCCAUGGCACCAGGAACAGUCACUGUUGUGGAACAGGUGGCUGAGGAGGAGCAGCAAUCCGACCACACCAUGAUAAUCCAGGAUGCUCUGCAGCAAGGCUCUGUGGAGAUGGGGGAAGAGCACCACCUAGUGGUGUCCUCGGACGACAUGGAGGGCAUUAAGACCGUGACCGUAUACACUCAGGGAGAAGACACAUCUCAGUACAUUGUUUAUGUACAGACUGAUGAACAGAUGACAGAGGCUUUGUGAAGGACACUUUGUAUAUGAGGGAUAUGUUGUCAUCUGACUGCUAUUAUUACCAACAAGUUUCCCAUUUGUCUAUGCUCAGCCCUACAAUCCUACAAGGCUCUUGAUGUACCGGUCAAGUGCUCUUUCUGAGCCUCAACAUAUCACCUUUAAUUUAACUAAUUUAUUGUAAUUUAUAGUGAAAUGUGUUAAGUGUAUAUAUUAAAUGUUGGGACAGCCUCCAUACAUUGUAUCUUAUAGAUGUUCAGGAUAAUCUGUACUGCACCAGCCAAAAAAUUACAUUCAUUAUGUGAAGCAAAAAUAACUCUGCAAAUGUUUUCAUAGCAUAUUUUAAAUAUGCAUCCUGUGUAUUGGCCUUUGUUGAUAACACAGAGCCUUUUGUAAAUAAACUCCAA